AGUGACUCCUGAUCCAUCUAGGAGCAUAUGGUGUUUUUCACAAAAGAGAGAGAUCAUCUCCUUGACUCUGGACUUCGCUUAUUGAACCCCUGAACAGAACAAAAGUUGCUAAGAGACAACCUGUGCUGAAUGUACUUUGUUCUAGCAAGAGCAGACAGAGAAAACCAAAGAGCAGCGUCAUCUGCCACAACCUGGGAUUAAGUCAGGAAGCAGGAACAUUCUGGAUAUGACGUGUAAAAACUGGAUAUUAAUUUCUACUACUACACCCACAAGUCUGGAAGAUGAAAUUGUGGGAAGACUUUUAAAAAUUUUGUUUGUUAUCUUUGUUGACUUAUUGUCUAUUAUAUAUGUUGUUGUAACUUCUUAGGAAGCUGACUUUCCUUACUUUACGAGUAAAUUCCUCUGGAUAAAAAUUUA